CGUUUUGCUAUGUUUUGAUCAUGUGAAAACAAACGAUCAGCAAGUGUCUCUUGAAAUUGUGGCUGUUAUUUGUACAUCGUCAAGGUCUACACAUAGCCGGCCGCCCGCAUAUCCUUACUUUAAAAGAUUGAGAUGUUUAUAAGUGUCUGAAAUUUUGGAGGAACACUACUUCUUACGAUGGUAUUAAGCAGCAACUUGUUUUGCGUUCAGAUGAAGUCGGUAGUGUCUACUGCCGUCAUGCUGCCACUGCUCUCUAUAUUUAUAUGCAUUUUUCUGUCUUUUGUGAAUAAUUUUGACAGCGUUACUUGGACUCAUUGCAAUGUACCAAACUUUUUUCCAUCAAUCAGUACGGUCAUAGGAAACUACACACCUCAAAAAUACAUAUGGCGGAUAGGCGUGGCACUACAUGUCACACCACGACUGCUGUUUGCUACAGUUUAUUACAAUUACUACAGUGAUAUGAAGCACGUCGUUGAAAAACGUUACUUGUUCGGCAUCGUAAACAGAGUUUCUUGCUUGUGCCACAUCAGCGAGAUAUUUUGCCUACUAGGAUUGACCUGUAUCUCCUCUACCGAGAAUUUUGAAAUCCACCGGAAUUGUUUUAUAGGAUUUGGUGUAUUUUCAUUUUUGUAUAUGCUGCUUUCUUGCUGGUUAAGCUACUGGCCACGUCUUUCAAAAUCACUUGCG